AUGCUGCUGCGUCAAUUGACAAUAGCUGCCUUGGCAGCAUCGUCGUACGCCCAAUCCAGUUCGUCCAUAGUGCUGACAGGCACAAAUUCAGUCAUUUCAGGUGCAGACUAUGCCACCGGUUCUCAAUUGUCCUACGAAUCGUAUGCUUCCACGAUCACCCUAAACACAACGUCAGGAGCUGGAGCCUCGAGCACUGCAAGACCGCAAAACCAAACAAUCACUACGAACGGCACAGCCUUAACCACGACCUCUGCCACGCAAACACUUUUGUCGGGUAGUGCUAGAAAUACUACUAUAGCGACAGGGAGGACGGCCACUUCAUCGUCUGCCAGGCCAACUAACACUCAACCAUGUAAUGGCUACCCAGAAUUUUGCAAUCGCAAGUAUAGCAAUAUCACACAGGUUGGGGCUCACAACUCACCUUUUGCCGUACGAGGCAACAUUGCAGCCAACCAAGAAUUGGACGUCACUACCCAACUGAACGACGGCGUUCGAAUGCUGCAAUUUCAGGUCCACAAGCCUAAUGAUACCGCACCUUUGCUGCUAUGCCAUACAUCCUGCGAUCUCUUGAACGCCGGCACACUUGUGGAUUAUCUGACGACAGUUCGUGAGUGGCUCGACGCAAAUCCUUACGAUGUCGUUACCGUCUUGAUGGGCAAUUACGAUGUGCUCACACCCCAAAACUUCACCGGUCCAGUAUACGAGUCCGGCCUGGACCGCUAUGCCUAUACUCCGCCUACCGUGCCUAUGCCACUGAAUGAUUGGCCUACAUUAGGUGAGAUGAUCCUUACCCAGAAAAGAGCUGUGAUUAUGCUUGACUAUGAAGCCGAUCAAGUCGCCAUACCGUGGUUGUUGGACGAAUUCGCCAACUUCUGGGAGACGCCAUUUUCGCCGACGGAUCGCGAUUUCCCAUGCAAUGUUGAUCGUCCACCCAACCAGGACCGCGAGAUUAGCAGCGAUAGGUUGUACAUUGCGAACCACAACCUCAACGUGGACGUGCAAAUAGCUGGACUGUCACUACUUAUUCCAGCGUCGACCCUGCUCAAUGAGACAAACGCUGUUCAGGGUUAUGGCAGUGCAGGUGCCAUGGUCAAUAAUUGCACAGCGGACUGGGUCCGACCACCGACCGUGAUAUUGGUCGAUUUCUACAAUGUUGGCAGCUUCAACGGGAGUGUCUUCCAGGUUGCCGCUGAUGCCAACGGUGUCAGCUACAACAGAGAUAGCUGCUGCGGCACUAUGCAACGGACGGUCAAUGCUGCCACAUCCAAGAAAGUUAGCAGUGUAAUAGUGGCUGCUGCGGCUCUUGCUGUUGCUUACGUGAUGGUAUAG